CUUGUAACUAAAACUAGACACAUUUUGAUCAGUGGCCAGAAUGAGAUAAUAAUGGAACCAUUAAUUAGCAAAACAGCUCUAUAUUCAGCUUCAAUUUCAAAUCCUAAAACUCUAAUCAGCAAUUACAUCUUUAAUGGUUUGGCCACUCUUGGCAGCUCAUUUCCGUUUAAUCUAAACAAAAACUUCACUCACAACCAAAUUUGCUUACAUUCUUGUCAUCGAUCGACUGUGCCAUCUUCAUUUACGUUACACUGUAAAGGCAACGGCAGAGGAGAAUACCCACUUUCAUUGUCGUCUGCUUAUGAAAUACUCGGCGUUAGUCCUUAUUGUACAUUUGCCGAACUCAAGUCUGCUUUCCGAUCAAAAGUGAAGCAAUAUCAUCCGGACGUGAGCAAAGAUGUCGACAACUCGGAUGACAUGAUUCGUCAAGUAAUCACAGCUUAUGAGAUUAUAUCUAAGAAUCCUGGAUUCAACAACAUCGACAGGGACGAAUUAAGUGAUGUAGAUCCUUUCGAUGAGCCGGAAUGUGAGGCUCUCGAUAUUUUCAUCAACGAAACUCUUUGUAUUGGCAAAGGAUGUCCAUCUUCAUGUGUAAAAGCCGUGCCGAGUGCCUUCUCAUUUGAUUCAUGGACAGGAACGGCACGCGCAACUGUUCAAGGGCAAGGAAAUGACUACAGGAUUCAGAUUGCUGUUAGCGGGUGCCCGAGAAAAUGUAUCCAUUACGUUACGCCAUCACAGCGAAUUAUUUUGGAGGAAUUACUUAGCAGUAUUUUGGAGUCACCGGUGGGUACAACGGCUGAAGCGGAUAUCUUGUAUUCUCUCAUUACUAAAGCCAAGUUUGAGAACAGUAGAUAUCAGAAACCAAAGAAGAAGAGUAGCUUUUAAAAUUGGUAAUGAAAAUAACCAAAGUUUGCAGACCUCCUUGCUAAGCAAGCAGUACAACACAUAUCUCUGCAAGAUAACAAAGACUGUGUAUCCUGUUACUUGAUUUAAUAUUGUAUGAUUUACCGUACACUUAUCUGAUCUAACUUUUCAAACCUGGUGCAAAUUUAUGAAAUCUAAAUUUCAAGUGAUUGCACUUCUUGGAAUAAAGUAAAAAUCAUACACCUCACUUCCAACAAGCUUUCAUAGCUCAGUUGGUUAGAGCACCCGUUUAGUAAGCGGGAGGUCUUGAGUUCAACUCUCAAUGAAAGCAAUGAAGUUCUUUUUU